ACCUGAGUUUUUAAUCAGUUACAGUUAACGAACUAACAUGCCGUCGACAAGGUGUGUGAUAAUCAUUUUUCUAGUUCAUUUGUACAGUGUCUCGUAUGGAGCGGAUAUUCUGGCGAUAUUGCCAACCCCAUCCUACAGCCACCAAAUACCAUUUAGGCCCCUAUGGAAGGCUUUGGCUGCCAGAGGGCAUAACAUAACCCUUGUUACUAGUGAUCCAGAAAGGAAUGCCAGUAUUAAGAAUAUCAAAGAGAUCGAUAUUAGUUACGGAUAUGAGUAUAUAGAUAAAUAUAAGUGUAUAGAAUUGGCUUGCAACGAUUCAGUGAGCCUCAUCGAUGUGGGUAGAGCAAUAAGAUUGGCGACUGCCGACAUAAACGAGAGAUUUUUGAAAAGUCCAGAAGGACAAAACUUAAUCCAUAACAAAGACAAUCACUUCGAUUUGCUCAUAGUAGAAGCUUUGCUGAUCGACAUGAUGGCGUUCAGCUGGAAGUAUAAAAUUCCUUUUAUAGGUGUAAGUUCUCUGGACUGUUCCACUCAAUUUCAUGACAGCGCUGGCAAUCCUACUCAUCCCGUAGUCAACCCAGAUCCAAACUUGGAAAUACAGGACCUGAAUGACAUGUCAUUUGGGGAGAGAUUAGCCUCCUUUCUCUUCUCGGCAACCUAUAAGCUUCUAGUCUACUAUUUGACGUACCGGAAAGAAUAUGCGAUGUUGCAAAAGUAUUUCGGAGAUGAUCUACCUCGACUGUUCGAUAUACAAAAUGAAAUAAGUAUGUUGUUUGUGGCUACGAAUCCUGUCUUUCAUAACGUAAGGGCAUUGAUGCCGAAUACGAUAACCAUAGGGAAUGGUAUGCAUAUAUCUUCACCAAAACCUUUACCAAAGGAUAUAGAAGAAUGGCUGAACAGCUCCAAAGAAGACGUUGUAUAUUUCAGUCUUGGUAGUAACAUCAAAGGCAGUAUUCUGAAUGAUAGUACCAAAGCUGAAUUAACAAAAGCUUUUUCAAGCCUUCCCUAUAAGGUUCUUUGGAAGAUCGACCACCAGGUGAACGAUUUGCCAGAAAACGUUCUUAUAAAAAAAUGGUUACCUCAACAAGAUAUUCUGAGGCAUCCAAAAGUGAAGGUGUUUAUAACACAGGGUGGUCUCCAAUCGAUGCAAGAAUCUAUUUAUUUCGACAAACCUAUGAUAGGGAUUCCGUUUUUCGGUGACCAACAUAUGAAUGUAAAACGGAUGACGCAUUUGGGAUAUGGCGUUAAAGUGCACAAAAACAAUAUCACCAGGGAGUCAAUUAGUGAAGCGGUUAUUGAAGUUAUCACAAAUCCUAUAUAUCGCGAAAAAGCCGAAAUCUAUGGAAACAUAUUCCGAGAUACCGAUAUACCGAACGUUGACAAGGCAGUGUGGUGGACAGAAUACACGUUAAGACACAACGGAACGAGGCAGUUUAGGAAUCCGGCCCUGGAUAUGCCGUUUUGGAAAUAUUGGAUGCUCGACGUCCUCGGCAUUGUAUUCGGUGUUUUAUUUAUUUUCAGUUAUCUAAGUCUGAAAUUUGUAAAAUUAAUACUAAGAAGAAUUUUUAGGCGAAAUGGUAAACAAAUUGACAAAAGUAAAAAAUGGAAUUAGACAGAAGUAAUUGUUAAACGGCCUCUACGCUACUCUCGAAUAAGCUGAAGUAAAUAAUCAAGGUUGAAAAGCGAAAAGAGUUGUUUAGUGUUUCGUCGUCUAAUUUGCCUCGUCUCGGCUUUUUUUGAUUAGACCAGGAAACACAAAAUAUACCUCUUCGAUAUUCGACUUGACCUACUUCGGCUUACUUCGGGAGUAGUGGUUUGGCCGUUUUAGGAAAUAAAAUCAAUUAUUAUUUAACUUUGUUUUAAAAUAAGAAAAUAUUAUUUUUAAAUUUAAUUAUUUUUUUACAAAUUUAACUUAUUAUUUUACAUAAAAUUGAAACAUAAACAUCAUUCAUCGUCGAAAAUCAUGUACCUAGAUAUAUGAAAUAAAAUCUCUCUAAACAAUA